AUGUUCCCAGGUGGUGUCAUCUUAGUUUUCGUCUUAAUUUUCUUAGCCUUCUGUGCUAUCACUGGUGUUAUGAUCACUAAGAAGUUGAAGGCUAGAAAGUCCAACCAAAGAUUUUAA